GCAAUCUGUCAUCAUAGCAGCGUUCUUCCUGGCUCUGACUUGGGCGAUCGGUGGACUUCUAAUUUAUGCUAUACGGGACGCAAAUCGUAAGGCAGACGCUAAGAAAGCUGCUUCAAAGCAAGAAGAGCCAGCAGGUGCUCCUGCAGCAGGACAGCCACGGAGGGCAGCACCACGAGGCAAUCGGCUGCAGGCAGGCCUCAGGCGCCGACAGGCAGCAGCGGCGGCGGCAGCGGCUGCAGCAGAGGAGGCUGACGACGGCUCUGGAAGAGGGGAAAGCAGCGGUGGAGAGGAUGCAGAUGCUGAGGAGGAGGCAGGGGGCGAGGGAGGGAGAAGGCGCGCAAGGGAGGCACGGCGGGAGGCUCGGCAGGCAGAGCGGCACGUGCUGGACGCGCGCAUGCGCAAGCGGGAGGCGUAUGAUGAGCAGAGGCGGAGGCGGGAUGCAGAGCGGGAGGCAAAGGAGUUAGCAGAGGAGGAGGAGGCGGAGAGGCUGGCGGCUGAGAAGCAGGCGAGGGAGGAUGCAGAGGCGGCCAAGUGGAUGGGACAGAUUGCUGUGGAGCAGCAGGGCGAGGAAGCCCAGUCUGAGGAGCAGGCUCAGGGCCUCCUGCAAGCCUUCAUUGACUACAUCGUGGAGCGGAAGACCGUCCACCUGGAAGACCUGGCGUCAGAGUUCGGCCUGCGAGUCCAGGAUGCGAUUGCCAGGGUGCAGGCGUUGGAGGAGGAGGGUCGCAUCACAGGGGUCAUGGACGAUCGCGGCAAGUUCAUCUACAUCUCGCGCGAAGAGAUGGCCGCCGUCGCAGACUAUGUCAAUAGCCGCGGCCGCGUCGCAAUCGGCGAGCUGGCCGCCAAGUCCAGCACCUUCAUCGACCUCGAGCACAAGAAUGCACCGCGUGCAACCGCUGUGGACCUGGACCUUGAUCUGGGCGAAAUGAACGUACCACAGCCAGCCCUGGUCUCUGUUGACGCUUAG